GUCUAAAAUUAUAGAAUACAGGCUGUUUGGCUCCAAUUUAGGGUUUAGCACUGAAUCGCAAUUUGCAAGGCGUGGAGUGAGAAAGAGAGAGAGAUGACGACGAUUCGGAGAUUUUGCUGCAAUGAUCUCCUUCGAUUCACAUCCGUGAAUCUUGACCACCUCACUGAAACGUUCAAUAUGUCUUUCUAUAUGACGUAUCUAGCGAGAUGGCCUGACUAUUUCCAUGUCGCUGAGGCUCCUGGAAAUCGAAUCAUGGGUUACAUAAUGGGAAAGGUUGAAGGGCAGGGAGAGAAUUGGCAUGGCCAUGUAACUGCAGUGACUGUGGCUCCUGAAUAUCGCAGACAGCAGUUAGCGAAAAAGCUAAUGAACAUACUCGAAGACAUAAGUGAUAAAAUAGACAAGGCUUUCUUUGUUGACCUUUUUGUGCGGGCAUCAAAUAUGCCAGCCAUAAAGAUGUACGAGAAGCUUGAUUAUAUAAUCUAUAGAAGGGUGCUUCGGUAUUAUUCUGGAGAGGAAGACGGGUUAGAUAUGAGAAAAGCAUUGUCCCGGGAUGUUGAAAAGAAAUCUGUUAUCCCUCUCAAAAGGCCCGUUACUCCUGAUGAAUUGGAGUACGACUGAAAGAAUUCUGCUACUGAAAUGGAAGACGGAGAUAUAGUUCUUCUAAUGUCGGGCACUUGAAUUUGCUGCAAUGUUACUUAAAGGUUUACAUUUGUUUGUUUAGAAAUAACACUAUUAUAUUUGACCUUUAUCUGUAGAGUUAAUUGAUUCAGUGGAAUUCCAACUACAACACCUAUUUACUUUCUUAUUACAUUAUCACAAUUUACUUU